AUGUGCCUGCUUCCGAAUGGCAGCCGAAAGAAAGUGUCAGACAUCUUAGAACUGCGGUCACAGACAACUGCUGUGUUCUAUCACCAGAAGAAACAAAAACACAAAAUCAAACAAAAUAUUACAAAAUUAACCACAAACGAUAGACUUGAUAAGAAAUUCGCGAUUUUAACUUUUGCUUUCUCUGAAGUGCAGCAAGAACUUGGAGCAGUGGAGAGCCUGAGUGGAGAAUUCUUAGAGAGAUCAUUUUUGAGGAGUGCAUUCCUCCCACCAAAGGCAGACGAUAGGAGACGGUCCACUGUGAAGCACCGUGAAGCUUCUCCUCUGAAAACAGUUUCAAAGCUUCGUUCUCGAGAGUUCUCUCCCCACUGCCAGAAUCUAAUAUUCGCAGUCAGGUGGGAACAGUAUCAAAUUGACUCCUCUGUGUUCUUCGACAUCACGGCCGAUGGCGAGCCCUUGGGCCGCUUUUCCUUCGAGUUAUUUGCAGACAAAGUUCCAAAGACAGCAGAAAACUUCCGCGCCCUGAGCACUGGAGAGAAAGGAUUUGGAUAUAAGGGUUCCUCCUUUCACAGGAUUAUCUCGGGAUUUAUGUGCCAGGGUGGUGACUUCACAUGCCAUAAUGGCACUGGUGGCAGAUCCAUCUACAGAGAUAACUUUGAGGAUGAGAACUUCAUCCUGAAGCAUACAGGUCCUGGCAUCUUGUCCAUGGCAAAUGCAGGACCAAACACAAAUGGUUCCCAGUUUUUCAUCUGCACCGCCAAGACUGAGUGGCUGGAUGGCAAACACGUGGUCUUUGGGAAGGUGAAAGAAGGCAUGAACAUUGUGGAAGCCAUGGAGCAUUUUUGGUCCAGGAAUGGCAAGACCAGCAAGAAGAUCACCAUUUCCGACUGUGGACAACUCUAAUUCUUUCGACUUGCGGGCUUCUUACCCACCAGACCAUUCCUUCUGUAGCUCAGGAGAGCACCCCCCCCCCAUCUGCUUGCAGUACCCUGUAAUCUCCGCUCUCACUGAAGUCCUCUGGGUUCCAUAUUCUCCUCAUUCCCCUCCCAAGUCUAGCUGGAUUGCAGAGUUAAGUUUAUGAUUAUGAAUAAAAACUAAGUA